UGUAGCAUUGUUGAUCAAUCUGUGAGUCCAGGGAUGACUGGAGCAAUUGUCCAAUUUCCUGAGCUGACUCUGUCCAAGUCUACAGAUCUCCAAUUGCUUGUUGCAGUCUCCGCAGAAAAUCCCCUUUUGGAUUGCUUUCAGGGACGGGGACUCGUUAGUUAGUGUGUUCCCUACGACGGCUCGCGUGUUCUGACUGGUAGUUACCGCGUUAUCAGGUGGCUGAAUCGUUUGUGGGGUUCCAGCGUUAUUCCACUGAAGCGUGUGCUGUACUGUGGUAGUUGUUUUCUUGAAAGCUGUCGUGGCUUGGGUCACAGAGUCGCAGUGGGUAGCGCUACAUCGAGGUUCUGAAUACUUGUACUAAGAGAGAGAGAGAGAGAGAGGGAGAGAGAUGCGAGACGAAGUUGUGGAAGGUAGAUGCUAUUUGGUCAGUUGUGGUGGUCGAUUUUUGUCAGUGACUCAUUAGGCUUUUGAGAUGUUUUUGCGAUCGUUUUUGACAAGUUCUGUGAUAGUACCGCAUUUGUGAUGGUCCCAGCGAGGUGCUUGCGGUGCAGUCGGAUUUUCCAUUUUGAGGCUCGUUGUGUCUUGCGGCAAGGGGUUACAAGGUUUUACGUGAAGCUUAGAACGCUGUGAACGAUGCUCCACUCUAUAAUGUAGUGAGUGUUUUUUAAUUGUUUGGUUCCAAUUUUUGUUACUAGAGUCUUUCGCUGUUCAAGGACAACCUGUGCACUUGUCGCAGGGACUCCCUUUACAUUGUUUUACCACGCAUACCUGACGUGGAUACCACACAGCUGAGGAUAAGGAUUUAACUGGUAUUUCGAAUGAACUCGAGGGUACUUUGAAGUUUGCAACAAGAUAGUGGAAAUUUUUUGAGUUGCGGUUAACUCAGGAAAUCGAUAGGAUGGCGCACAAUUUGCAACCAGCAGAAUUAGAAAGCAAGUCGUUUAUCAAGCGCCAUGUGGAUAAUUUCAGACGGCGUGUCUGGUUGCGGAAGGUGUGCUAUGGCUUUCUGCUUUUCGCAAUUGCAGCAGCUGUUGCCCUUGUGGGGUUACCUGACCAACUUUCUCAAUCUGGCCAUUAUGUGCUCAGCUUUCCCUCGAGCAUAAUCCCUACAUACUGGCAGCGGGGGACGAUUAAUCACACCACGAGCUUUGACAUGCAAAUCGAAGAUAUCAUCAUCUUCGACUCCGACGUUUUGGUAAUAGUACACGCACCUCCAAGUGAGGAAUUUCCCACCAAAGACAGGCUUGAGUGUCGAUACGGCAAUCUUACGCACGCUGCCUACCGCCGGGCCACGGCCGUGCAUCUCUACACCGAUCGAGCUGCAGUGGUAUGUGGUGCACCUCCGGAGAAUAUUCCCUGGGAUAUGAGCACGGUUCUUAUCGAAAUCGAUUCUGAAAUUGAAAUCCGUCCUAAAGGAGAGGCCUCUCUUGACCACCAGCAGCCAUUGCAGUGGCAUUCAGGCAUGGUGGUAUAUGAAGUCUUUCCAACGGAGGAGGACGUUGUGGUAUUUGUGCACGGGAUCAAUCAUACGUGGGGAGCUCAUUCAAACGGUAUCUCUGAGAAAGAGCGACUGCAGCAGUUUCAGUGCGUUUAUGGAGACGGCUUCCGAAAACCUGUCACUGCCCAAGCCCAAGAGGUUUUCCGAUGCGAACACCCUCCGGAGCAUUUGAUGCACGACUUGGCAGGGAAGAAAAUGGGUAUCAAGUUUAAAGGAACGAUUCUUCCUUCAGUUGCAUAUUACAACCCUAAACGGAACUCGAUGCCAGCAGAUAGUCCAAAAACACUAGUCGGCUCAAUAAACAGGAAGCUUCUGACGCCAUUGACAGACUCGCAGACACCUGACCGGAAGCGACAUAAUAUUUGUUCCUGCACGAUGGUCUACAACGGAGCAAAGUUUUUGAAAGAGUGGGUGUACUAUAACAGCCAUCUCGGCGUGGAGAAAUUCAUUAUUUACGAUAAUAACAGUGACGACAACUUGGACGAGGUGGUGGCAAGCUUGAGAAGCUUCAAUGUCACCACGAAGUCAUGGCCAUGGGUGAAGACGCAGGAGGCUGGAUUUUCCCACUGCAGUUUGCUAGCGCAGCCCGACUGCACGUGGAUGCUAUUCACGGACAUCGAUGAGUACUUUUUUCCAAAGAAACUUUUGUCGUCGACAGUGAACCAAACUUCGGAAUCUGCUGCUGAACCUGCUGAAGAGCAGCCACCGACGACUGGCAUGGACGAAACUCAAGCCCUAAACUCAUCCAUUCUUGCCAGGUUCGUUGAAGGCAUUGUCUCGGGUCACCACUCAGAGAUUAAUGGCUCAGUAGGACAAAUCUCCACAUUGUGCCAUAAUUUUGGACCUUCGAAUUUAACAGUCUCGCCUCCAAAAGGCGUGACUCAAGGAUACACGUGCCGCAUGAAGCAGACACAGCGGCACAAGUCUAUUGUACUGUUGAGUGCAAUCGAUCACUCCUUGGCGAAUGUGAUCCAUCACUUUACACUAAAGCCUGGAUAUGAUCAGAAGCUGAUCAGACCUGCGAAAGCAGUAAUCAACCACUACAAGUUCCAAGUCUGGGGCGAAUUCAAGGCCAAGUUCCGUCGCCGCGCUGCAACAUAUGUGGCGGAUUGGACCGAGGACCGGAGCCUAACCUCAAAAGACAGGGUGCCGGAUCUUGGGACAAAGGCUGUGAAGCCUGCGGAUUGGGAGACACGCUACUGCGAAGUACAGGAUUACGGUCUGCGGAAGUACAUGCAGCAAGUAUUUGGAUCUGAUGACGGCAAUGGGAACUUGCAUUUUCCGUGGGAGGGACCAUCUUGAAGUCAAGAAAUUGCAGCAAAAAUUGUAUAUAACACCAGCAGCGCUACUGUAAGUUUCACCGCGUUACUUGUAGUACACGAAAAAACAUCAUGAACACUAGUUAAAUUAGAAGAAGCCUUCACAAACAAUAGUUGUGGGGCAUAGACUUUUUCGGAAGAGCCUGAGUGGCAAUUCCUGCCCAAAUGUGCAUACAUUCCGCUAAUGUUAAAUGAUUGACACCGGACUACUGCCUUGUCGGUUU